UUGUGUCUGUGUCGAGGCGUCGAGAGGGCCUAGGUCCGUGUCCAGCGCCCUUCGGCCGGCCCGAGCCCCAGAGUCAGCUCCCAUUUCUCGCCCGGCGCCCCCAGGCCGCUCCCAGGGCUCACGGAAUAGUACAGAAACAAAUUUCAUAAAACAUCUCCUAAAGGACAGCACAGACCCUGUUUGGAUCCAGUCAGUUCCCUGAGCCUGAACGAUGACUGCUGAAUCAAGGGAAGCUACUGGGCUGUCCCCUCAGGCUGCCCAGGAGAAGGAUGGCAUCGUCAUAGUGAAGGUAGAAGAGGAAGAUGAGGAAGACCACAUGUGGGGGCAGGAUUCCACUUUGCAGGAGACUCCUCCUCCCGACCCAGAGAUAUUCCGCCAGCGUUUCAGGCACUUCUGUUACCAGAAUACUUUUGGGCCUCGAGAGGCUCUGAGUCGACUUAAGGAACUUUGUCAUCAGUGGCUACGACCUGAGGUAAACACCAAGGAGCAGAUCCUGGAGCUGCUGGUGCUGGAGCAGUUCCUCUCCAUCCUGCCCAAGGAGCUCCAAGUCUGGCUGCAAGAAUACCGUCCAGACAGUGGAGAGGAGGCUGUGACCCUUUUGGAGGAUUUGGAGCUUGAUUUAUCAGGACAGCAGGUCCCAGGUCAGGUUCUUGGACCUGAGAUGCUUGCGAGAGGGAUGGUGCCUCUGGAUCCAGUUCAGGAGUCCUCGAGCUUUGAGCUUCAUCAGGAGGCCACCCAGUCCCAUUUCAAGCAUUCAUCUCGGAAACCCCGCCUCUUACAGUCCCAGGCUCCCCCUGCCUCCCACGUUCCUGCCCCUCAUCAUGAGGGGAACCCCCGAGACCAGGCAGUGGCAUCUGCGCUGUUCACGGCAGAUUCCCAGGCAAUGGUGAAGAUUGAGGAUAUGGCCGUGUCCCUCAUCCUGGAGGAAUGGGGAUGUCAGAACCUGGCUCGGAGGAAUCUCAAUAGGGACAACAGGCAGGAGAAUUAUGGGAAUGUGCUUUCCCAGGGUGGUGAAAACAGAAAUGAGAAUGAGGAAUCAACCUCAAAGGCUGAAACUGCAGAAGAUUCACCGUCACGCAGGGAGACAGCAGGAAGAUUCCAAAAAGAGUUUGGAGAAAAACGUGAACAGCAGGGCAGAACAGUCGAAAGGCAGCGGAGAAACCCUGAGGAGAAAAUUGGAAGAGAGAAGAGAGAUUCGGGACCAGCUACUGUCAAGGAAAAAAAACCCACCACGGGUGAGCGAGGUCCAAGGGAGAAGGGGAAAGGGCUGGGAAGAAGCUUCAGUCUGAGUUCAAACUUCAAUAAUAGCCCUGAAGAAGUUCCGACGGGAACCAAGUCUCAUAGAUGUGAUGAAUGUGGUAAAUGCUUCACAAGGAGUUCAAGCCUUAUUCGCCAUAAAAUAAUCCACACUGGAGAAAAGCCCUAUGAAUGUAGUGAGUGUGGGAAAGCCUUCAGUCUUAACUCCAACCUUGUGCUACAUCAGAGAAUCCACACAGGAGAGAAACCUCACGAAUGUAACGAGUGUGGCAAAGCCUUCAGUCAUAGUUCAAAUCUCAUUCUCCAUCAGCGAAUACACUCUGGAGAGAAACCCUAUGAAUGUAAUGAGUGCGGGAAGGCCUUCAGUCAGAGCUCGGACCUUACUAAACAUCAGAGAAUCCACACGGGGGAGAAACCCUACGAAUGCAGCGAAUGUGGGAAGGCUUUCAACCGAAACUCAUACCUUAUUUUGCAUCGGAGAAUUCAUACCAGAGAAAAGCCCUAUAAGUGCACUAAGUGUGGCAAGGCCUUCACCCGGAGCUCAACCCUUACUCUGCAUCACAGAAUUCACACCAGAGAGAGAGCCUCUGAUUACAGCCCAGCCUCCCUUGAUGCAUUUGGAGCAUUCCUGAAAAGUUGUGUGUAAAGCAGGAAUUUGUCAACAAACCAUUUCCCCCUUUUGUUUCUAAAAUUAUUUCAGAGAUGUGUGCCCAUGGAGAAGGAAAGAUAAAAAAGCUUCAAAAGAUUAAAAAAAAAAAAAAUCACACUUGAGGAUCCUUCUAGUUACAUCAGCAGUGUUCUGCCUUUGUGUAGUCUGUGGGCAUCUAAUUAUUCUACACACCCCCUGCAGGGAAAAGCUAGUCAUAUGAGUAAUCCACAGAAUUUCCACAAGAUGAAAGCACACACAGAAAAAUGUCAAGCUUUUCAGUAAUGAGGAUACCUUUAAGGCACCUUUGGACUUUCACAACCACAGCGGACGAGGUGAAAGUCACUAAGGAUGGUUCCGUGAAAAUGAUACUGAGGUUAAGAAGCUACUUGCUGCAGACAAACCCUUCUUGGCCAACGUCUUGCUGUACCUUAUUUCUCAAAAAAAAGAGGGGACAAUUUAAAAAAAACUACAUUGGGACAUGCUCAGACUAGGUCUAUAUAUAUGAUGUUAUAUAUAUGAUCACUGGUAACCUACCAAAGCUAUAGAAAUCUAAGACUUUGCUGAUCAGUAUCAAACCAAAGAUUUCUGUCUCUUCCUGAAAGAGAUGGUAUGUGUGCCAGUCUACAGUUCCAAAGGACUGCAACAAAUGUAGAUGGUUCUAUCCUCAUCACUGAGAUAAAUUCUACUGACAUGGCAACGAUUCAAAAUACUUCCCUCCACUUCUUGAACUCCUUAAAGCACUAUGGCACUCAUGAAUGCAUUUCUCCACAGUUUAGCACUUGAUUGUAUACUGUCUUUUAAUCCUUAAUUUCAUGUAUGUGACUUUUUAUCAAACCCUGCUUCCCCAAAAGAGAUGCUUCGAUUGUCAAGGGAUGUAUUUCUUGUCCUCACAGCGCUAGACACUGGGCCGAACGUACAAGAGGCACUCAUUGUGACUGCCUUCCCCCAGGACCUUGACAUUUAUGCAAAAGUCCUGUGAAUCUUGAGAACCUGGAAUAUGGCGGCCUGGCCCAACUUCCGAAGUGGUCCUCAGGGCCAUGUGGCAUUCUAAAGCUCCAGUAUCUCAUGAUAUUUUGCCCUAAUUGUAAAAGAAAGGCAUUGAUUAGCUGCCUGCAUAGAUGCUUUCUAACACAAGUCAGUAAGUAACUACCAUGAGGUGUCCAUUGUCAUCUGAAGGAAGAAAAGUAUGAACGCUGACUAAGGCCAUUUUUCUGACAUCUUUCUAUGGCAGAGAUCUUAGAAUUCUCUUCAGUCGGCUGCUGAACAAUGUGAUGAUCUGGGUGCUUUCUGAAUCAUUUGUAACUUCAGAUAAUAUAGGUCAGAAGGUGUGAUUUUUGUUGUUUUUCAGAGAAAAAGAAAGUUGUAGGGAGUAUUUUUUCCACACUUUUCCAGAAACUUGGCAAAAGCAUUUGACAUCAGUUGCUGGUGAUUACUAAACAUUUGUUGCUCUGAGAUGUUCGCCAACAUUCUAAGGAAGAUGUAUCAUAGUCAUCGCACACAGGGUCUUUUCUGUUUCUCUUCACUAAACCUCACUAAAGACUGAGGUGGGGUUAUGAAAGUUUAAUCUGUUGUGUCAUCUGUGCAGGAGGCUUCAGUUGGCUGCCCACAAGCUAAUGACAGAUGUGUUCACAUGUACCCAGUCAGGAGAUCUAGAUGACAUGGACUCCAUAGGUGGUCACCAAGGGCUUGGGUAGAGAUGACUUGACUCAUGAAAACAAGCAAGUGACUGUGGACAUCCCUGCAGAUACUUAGAGACACAGACAAAUAACAAACCCGAAGACUGGCGGGACUGCCCCAUAAAAGGAGACAUAGACUGAGAGCUUCCCUCAAAAAACAGAACUAAAACUACCACUUAUCAGUUGUUCGCUGACCAGCAACUCAAGUCCACCGAGGCAACAUGGCUUUAUGGAGAGUCAACAAGAUGAGGGCACAUGGGGCCUUACGCUCCAGACCAGACUGAAAUUCUGCACAGCAGUAAUUCUUUGGCCUCUCUUUGGCUUUAUAAGUUGGACCAACCACAAUUUCCCUAUAGCUUCUAAGCAGUUUUGUCAGUGUUGCCUGGGAAAACUUCAAGUAGUAAGUCAACUGGUUACCAGAAUAGUUCUGUCCAUCCAGUUGAAGUAAAACAGAAGAGAUACUCCAAAAGAGUAUACCUAAGUAACUUUUUAUAUUAAAGUGGAGGUAGAAGAAAUGCUUUAAGGACUUUGUUUUCAAAGAGUUCAGCCACAGUGAUGGUUGCAUAGAAAAUUCCUGCUGCUUUUGAGCAAAAACUUUUGCCCACUAAAGCAACUAAAAGAGCAAAGAGGUGAUGUGAACUCCAGGCGCUGAUUUCCCCUUUGUUCAUGGUAGGGAAAGAACUUGGGUCAGUCCCCAACACUGGCCUUUUAUUUUUUAGCCACAACUACAUGGCUGACAUCAGAAUUCAGCCAUCAUUUUUGAUUUUUUUAAUGAAAGUUAAAUAUAACCUGUGCCCUGCGCCGCCCUCCCCCCCCCCCCAAUUUAAUUCCCCUCGUAGUGGGACAUCUUACCGAUUUUGUGAGAUAACUCCUGGAGUUGCUUCAUAUAAGCAGAUGCACUCCCUGAAGAAGCUAACUGUUGACUAAAACCAGUUUAGAUUGCAUUCGCUUCUCAGAUGUUCAGUGCAAAGUAUAAUUGGGUCAUGUCAAAAAGGCUUUGCAACAUCUAACUAGUGCUCAGAAUAGUCAUUCAACUGUUCUUGUCUGGCUCAAGUCUGUUAACAGCUUAAAUACUCUAGAGUUAACCAUUAGCAUGCUCAGUGAUCUAAUAGAAGCUUUGAAAAUUUACCCCAGCCUUGCCAGGAAGAGAAGUAAAAUUCUUCAAGUUGUGAGGUAUUUAUUUGUCUCUAUUCCAGCCUGGCAGGCAAAGCUAAAAUCUGAGAAGAUAAAAUGUAUGAGGGAUCUUGCCAUGUAAGGCACUUAAUAUUCUCUUAAAGGCAUAAAAGUGAAACUGUGCUAAAUAUGUACAGAGAUUGACAUGUUUAAUAUGUGGGACAAUUCACAUCUUAUAUACAUCAAAGAAUUUGUCCAUAAAAGAACCUCUUGAAUGUGAUAAAUAUGGCAAAGCCUUUAAGUAACAGAAAACAUACACUGUAAAUAAACUUUAUUACUCUUCUGUGUCAGGAAAAUUUCCAUGUAUAGCACUCAUUGCAUCGGACAGAAAAUGAAUUCUAUUGAUAAUGUUCUAAUCGUGUGAUGAAUUUCAGAAACACUGUAGAGGGAGCACAAUCUUGAUAAUUCCAGAGGAUCCACAGAAGAAAAAAAUGUGGGGAAAUGCUAAAGAAAUAGUAAAAUGUACAACUUCUUACAAAAAUUGUUAAUGUUGGGUACUUUCUUCUGUAUAUUUGUAUGGCCAUAAUGUCAGUAUCUGUGUUUUGUACCUCCAGCCCCCUGUUAUUCUGUAAAUUCCUUGUAAACAGAUUAUGGGUUUUAUUUUAAUCUAUUUGACAGAAAACGUUGCUCCAAAAGGGCAGAGUUUUGGAGUAAGUAGUGAAGAAAUUGAUGUGGUUGUAGACAGAAGCUCAGUUCACAGAACUGAGGAGGAGUAAAAAGGAAAAAAAGCUUCAUAGUUUGGUACUUAGCAAAUCAAGAUGAGAGAUUAGUAAAUUCGUUAGGAGAGACAAGUUAACAGGACAUUAAAAUGGAAUAAUUCCUGUAAACAUCUGCAGCUUCCUGAGUUUUGUUUUCCAGACCAGGGAGUUGACCUCUUAGCUGCCAGGUCACGAUUUCAAGCAAAGGGGAUGGAAUCUCCCAGCUUGUCAAGGGGAGUAAGCCAGCUUCUCCAUGAAUUGAGUGUCGAGAGCAUACUGGAAAGUCCAGUGGGACCAUUUACCUUGACCAGAUUCUGUAAGGCAUAGUCCUGCUCUUAAAUCUGUAUCCUUAGAAAAUUGGGGCUCUUUGCUGAAAGACUGGCAUUGCAGGAAGUUUUUCUGAUAAGGCUUAAGAAGCAGUUUUGCAAUGUGCCCUUUGGCUGUGCUCGUUUAUACCUUUGCCCCACCUCCUUCCUGGGUUUAUGAUUAUUAGUAGAGAGGGCUUGUGGAGGUUCAGAGCUAUGAAAGAGUUUUUUGUUUUGUUUUGUUUUUUUCUUUUUAAGUUUUUCUCCUGGAGUUGGUCAUCUUUAUUCCAGGGUCCAGUCAUUCUGAUCUACUCAUCCAAAGCUAAUGGGUUCAUCCUGGCAUGAUCAUGGAAGACUCAUUGAGAUACUUGCCAGAGGAGCCAUAUUUUUGUGUGUGUCACUCUGAACGAUUUCUCAGAAACAUUUGUCAGGGGACUGGCUUCCCUGGCUGGGAAACCAAAUCAAGGUCUGCAGAUUGCUAAGUGAAAUCAAGAACCAGAGAAAAGGAAAUUCAGUGGUAUAGAUAGAUUUUUUUGUAGAAGUUAGGAUAGAUUUUUAUUUCAGCUCCUACUGGAGAAUUAAUAAUAAGCAUUAUUGUUUGAGAAGUUUUCCUAAUCUAGAUUUAGAUUUUGUUUUUAGAAUGGACACACUACUGUACAUUUAAAAACAGUUACUUAUUUUGCUAUUCAGAUGAAUUUUUUAUUAUAUCUGAAAAUGAGAAUUAUGUUUCACUUUUCAAAGCUUUGUAAAACAAACUUGAAGUUAGGGAGGUAAGCCAUCUCCAAUUCUGCAGGUCAAAAGAAAUUCGGGAAGUGCUUUUGACAUCCCAUAUUACAGAAUGUGUCAACAUGAGAACUUGGUUUCAUAUUUUCUGGUUCUUUUUAAUGGACACCACACAGCUCAUAUUUUUCUCUGUUAUCCUAAAACUGUGGAAAGACAUUAGGUAGACUUGUAAACCAUGGUCUGCUGUUACUUUAACAGCUUUUUCUUUUGUUUCAUUUAAUCUUCUGAGAUGGUCACCUCCAUUUACUAAAGAACUGUGAUUCGCUUCAAAUUGUAAGUAAUCACAGCAAAGCAAAUUGGUCUUUAAAGCUGAACUUUCUUCCUUCAGCAAGCAGUCAUUAAGCAGUGAGCUGAGUGUUUUAAGAUAAUAAAGAGUGAGCUCUGUGAGUAACUGAAAGAUGGCAUUGAAACUUGGAUUUCAUUCCAGUUUUAAAUUUGGAUUAUAAGUUCUUUGACCAGGCAGCUGCAAUAGCCCCAAAUCACUAUCAUUUAGUCUCCCAACAGGUUAGGUGUGUGGAGAUGGGAAAGGGAGAAGGAGGAUUGUGGCAGCCUAUACUUCCUGUGGAGCAAGAGUAACGAGGAGCCUGAGAAGAAAAGAGAAACCAUGGUGACGUGUUGGGGUUAAUACUUGCUUGUCUUCCCCUUUGACUCGACCUCUUAACAGCAUUCAGCUGCUUUUUAAAUUUUUAGUCUGCCCUAGCAAGAGCAAAGCAUGUUAGAGUUAGAGAUGCUUCUGCUGGAAGCAGGGGUUCUUAUUUGAAGACAAAUCUGUGAGGGGGGUGGGGAUGGGGGAAAGAGGAUUGUGAUUCUGCAGGAAAAUCAUGUUCUAAAAUUAUAUGGGUUUAGGGGUAGGGGGGUGGGAUAUGAAGCAAAAUCAGUAAUUAUUUUGAAAUGAGCAUAUGUAUUUUUAUUAACUUUUAGUUAAUAUAGAUUAUUAAACCAAGUCAACAUGAUAAGCCUAAAUUUAUAUAGAGUACUAACUCAGGCAUCAUCUUGUUUAUUUGUAGAAUGGGUAAAACAAGCUUUCCUAUUUUUUCUGUUCCCAGCUUUAGUUUAGAAUAAAUUAGACCAAAAGAAGGACCUUGUCUUUGUAUAUCCACAGAAUUAAGUUAUUGCUAUUAAAAACUGGAUUUUUCAUUUCAGUCCGGGUGCUUAGUAGAUGUUCAAUAAAUGGUUUUUAAAUUGAAUUUGUUCAUUUUAAGUCCUCAUUAACAUUUCUAGAAAGGUUUCUUUUGAUAAUGGAAUCUUAGAAGAAGAGUAUUGUUUUUACUUUAAGGCUAGAGAAUCUUACAUGAAAAAUAAUUGGAAACAUUGAUUGAAGGCUAAUAUUUCACUGAUAAACAAGAGAAAUGGCAGCAAAAUAAAAUUUAUACACGUUAAUGGUCUGGUGCAUUUUAGGAGACCGGUGGUGUCUGACAAAGAAAUGUUAGAAUAGAGAGUUUGGGGGAGGAAAUUGUGGGGACUUGUAAUAAAUAUUCUCAUGUUGUUUCUCUUCUGGGUCGUGGUAAAUCAAUAAAUUAUCAUCUCUAGAUGGCA